CGGGGAGCGGAAGGAAGCGCGGGGCGCUUUACGGCAGCGCGAGGGCAGCCUCGUCCUUUCGCGUGGUGGAGGAAGAGAGGCGGCGGCAGCCAUGAAGCGACCCAAGCUGAAGAAAGCUAGUAAGCGCAUGUCCUGCCACAAACGUUAUAAGAUACAGAAAAAGGUACGGGAACACCACAGAAAGCUCAGAAAGGAAGCCAAGAAACGUGGACACAAAAAGCCUAAAAGAGAUCUAGGAAUUCCCAACUCUGCGCCUUUUAAGGAGGAGGUUCUUCGGGAAGCAGAACAGAGGAAACAAAGGCUUGAAGAACUGAAACAAAAGCAAAAACUUGAUCGACAAAAGGAGCUCGAAAAGAAAAGAAACAAAAAGAAUAAGGAUGCUAAUGAAGCAAAACCUCAUGAAAAGAAAUCAGCAAAUAAACAGGAACCAAAGUCAAAGCAGAAUGUACAGAAAAAUUCAAAGAAAUCCUUUUGUCAGGAGCUUAGAAAGGUGAUUGAGGCUUCUGAUGUAGUACUGGAAGUCUUAGAUGCAAGAGACCCUCUUGGUUGUAGAUGUCCACAAGUCGAGCAGCUUGUUAAUCAUUCAGAGGGUGGGAAAAAAUUACUGCUGAUUUUAAAUAAAAUUGAUCUGAUACCAAAAGAGAACCUGGAGAAGUGGUUGAAUUAUUUAAAUAACGAAUUUCCGACUGUAGCUUUUAAAUCUUCAAUGCAACUGAAAGACAAAACUGUGCAAGAGAAAAAAAACACUAAACGACGUAGUGCUUAUAUUGAAUUAUCCAGAGCAAGCUUGUGCUUUGGGAGUGAGUGCCUCCUAAAACUCCUUCAAGAGCAUAGUUUGACUAAAGAUAAAGCUCUACAGGUUGGUGUAGUAGGUUUUCCUAAUGUGGGGAAAAGCAGUAUAAUCAAUAGUCUGAAGGAGGUGCGUGCCUGCAAUGUGGGACCAGUAAGAGGCCUUACCAGGUGUAUUCAAACAGUUCACAUUGACAAACACAUCAAGAUGUUAGAUAGUCCAUGUGUUGUUGCAGCGCCUUCCAGCUCAGCUCUUGCUCUGGCACUGAGAAGUCCUACAGAUUUUGAAGCUGAAAAUGCAACUGAAUCAGUCGAUGCUAUUCUGAAGCAUUGCAGCAAACAGCAGAUAAUGCUGCACUAUAACAUCCCAGACUACAGAACUUCCUUAGAGUUUUUAACACUACUUGCUCAGAAAAGAGGAAUGCUGAAAAAAGGAGGCCUUCCUGACACAGAGGGUGCAGCUAAAUUAUUUCUCUAUGACUGGACAGGUGCCAGAAUUAGUUACUACUCACGACCCCCUGCGACAUGGAACCUGUCGUCACACCUUUCCAAUGAAAUUGUAGCAGCAGCAAAAGCGGAUUUUAAUUUUCAGGAAUUAGAAGAAGAUAACAAAAGUACAAUGAAAGCCCUCAAAUACCCCAAUCAGCCAAGCAGCAUUGUCUUCCAGUCUCCUGGUUUCACGGAUGGUGUAAUAGAAGAUAAGGAACUACCAGAGGAAGUAGUGGAAAAAGAGGACAUGGAAACAAGUGAAGAUGAGGAGGACUUAACUGAAGAUGAAGAUGAUGAAAUAGAAAGUGACAUUGAAGAUGUAGAAGAGGAGAACAGCAAAAUAUUGAGCAAUAAAAUAGAAUCUAAAGAGCCAAAGAAUGCAAACUCCGGGGUGAUACCUACAGGCAAACAACAUGACCUAGACAAGCCUAGAGACCUGGAUGAUGCAUAUGACUUCAAUACAGAUUAUAUGUGAAGAGGAUGUUAAAAGGAUUUGAGUGCUUUUUAGCUUUCUGGAACUUAACACCAAGACUUUUUGGAGCCAUCACAUUCCAACAGUGUUUUCUGUAUUUGCUGAAGAGCAGAUCCAUGUAAAUAUUGUAUAUAGUGCUAAAUAAUUCAGUAGAGCUGGUUGAAUUACAUUACAUUUCAACGUUGUGAAUUGCAUUCAGUAAAUUAAGUUUUAUCUCUGGCUUC